ACCGCGUACCACCCGCGUUCGCCUCGUUCCGAAAGGAACGCGCGCAGGCCGCCAAACGCACUAGCAUACCACAUUGACAAACGAAAAAAUCGCGUUUCACUCGGUGGGAUCGAGUGGUCCUACCCCUCCAAAGAGACUUGGACCCACCAACGAGCAGCCACUCCGACACCUGGGGGCCCCCGACUCGCAGAGGCGACUCUCGCCCGCCACAAACACCAGACGUCCCCUCUGUGCUACGAAUCUUGUUUGAAUACACCAAGGUGGCAAGGCGGGAAGCAAAACAAGAAAAAUGCCGGUGGGUGGACGGGUUGCUGGAAAAGUCGGGAUUUACAGUUCCCAUUAUAAUGGUAAUGUAAACAGGGAUAUCGUUGUUAUGUGUGCUAAUGUGGAAUACCGAAUGUUCGUUGCGGAAAGGCUACAGUGGUAUAAACGAGGAGAUCAUAUGGAUCAGUAUCGGCAUGGGGAUCACCAUCGCUAUAUUGAUCACCAUCGCCCUGUGCUACAUCGCCCGCGAAAAGUGUCGCAAACGGAACGAGGGAUACUACGUCUCCUGACGCACGCUACCACCGCCCUCCUGGGCCUCCUGGUCCUACUCGCCCACGACGCCAGGCGUCUUCUUCAGCCCCACGACCACAAGAGGCAAGCCGAGGGCGUACUAUAUCACCGUCUAACGCUCAACUGUGACUAAUUACUCCGUUUCAGCUCGAGCGACCUGACGUUUCGUGCCCAACGAAAAAUCGACCGUCUCCUUCUUCCUAACAAAGAUUCUCCUUCAGAGAUGAGCUAAAUUCUCUUAUUUGGGUGGAAAAAUGUUGGAUCGGUACCCACGUUAAGUUGUCGUUGAAUCAGAUUCACUCGCGUCAAAAGUCUAUCGCGCGACAAGGAAAGUCAAAGAGAAACGUAAGAGUGACGAGAGCGAGUGAAAUAUUACAGCGAUCGAACAACUACUUAAGUUUCACAUGUUCGUGAUUUUGUGAUAUCUUACUACUAUGUGUCGGGUAGAGCGAGUGGCAAAGUCCCUUUACCCCGAACACUUCUAGACACUCGGCAAAUUAACGUGGUUGGUCAUUGGUUAAUGACACAGUAGGAAUGAUUGUUUCUGAGACUUUUUCUGACUCAUCUCUGGAGAGAGAUGAAAUUCUUAUUCGUGUGAAAAGAAUGUAUAGAUUGCCCGUGCUACAUUGUUCGAUGAGCAAUGCAGCAUCAGAAACGAUUGGUACUCCCUAAGGAACACGAUCUUUGUAAUUUUAUUCUGACUAACCGGUCAUUUAGCAUUCAGGCUAUUUCUUUAACCGAAAAUCAAUCUAUUCUGUUCCGCAUUUUAAUAAGAGUGCGUAGACCGUUUCAAUCUAUUACACUUUUUGCAUUUCUAUUAAACUUUUUGCAUUUCUGUUACACUUUUUUUUAUCAUCUCAACAUCUUUCCUGUGUAAACGAGAGAGUCUAUUACCUCGACGCCCCGGUAAACAGGAUUUCGAGUGGUCGAGAGACCGUGAGAUCAAAAUCCGAUUAACCGAAGUACCCUGACGUGAAAAUGCGACCAGUAUUGAUGGCGAUAGGAUUCGGACGCACGGCGACGUCAUCUCGCUCGAUCGAACGUGAUCUUUUCGUCUACCUGUUACGCACACCGAGAAAGAACAAUUUCGAGAAAGAGUUAACGGACUUUCGACGCGAAAAUUGUACCGCUAACGUUAAGUGAGAAAUGUUUCGACGAACACAUCGUUUGUGUUGGGUGCUUUUAAAAUGCUGUCACGGUUUCAUUGUUGUAAAGAAUACUCAGCGUACAUUAAGAUACUUCAGAAUAGGAGGUGCACCUAUCAGUGCAGUACUUCAGAAUGUAAAAUACGCGGGCACCAUUUAGUGUUUCAAAAUGUAAAGAUGAUGCAGUGUAAUUUGUCACUUUGGAGAUAUAUUAUGCACAUUUCGAUGUAUUAUAAUAUGAAUGUCAUAUGAUCUUUAUAUUUUAAAGCAAUGAUUUGUUUUCUAUAUAUUCUGGACUUUCUAAAGUAUUUUCUUGUGUGGUAAACAAUUGCUUCACUCGAUAUUCCUCCUGUACGUAUGUUGAACGUAACGUUCGUGUUUCUUUCUGAAGCAUUUUAAAAACAUUCUGUGCAAUUAAAUCGACACUAAUCUUAAGAACGACGAGCGCAGAAACUUGCGCAGAAGCACUGUCUAAAACCAAUUUUAUAAAUAUCCUCUCGGUUUAUUCAGAGCAAUCAAGAACGAGAAAACAGAGAUGAACAAAAUUGUAUUCCUAAAAUUUCCAACAGAUAAAAGCACAGUAUAAUAAUCCAUUGAACAUAAAAUAUAAUUCCCUUUCAUAAUUUAAAUACAUACUUUUAACGAAUGACUGACAAAACUUUCCCUUUUCUACAUUACACAAAAUUUGUAUCUAACAAUUUUGCCCAUCUCUAAAGUAUACGACACGAAAAACGAAAAUAUAGUUAACUCAACUCGUUAAACUUCCAUCUGACGCUAAUCUCAUCCUUGGAGAGUCGUUCGUCGUUGCCAGCGAUUCAAAAUUCGGAUUUCUAGAAAACAAAUCUACAAGAAUCCAUUUUGAAAGGUCGAACAAUCGCGUGAGCGCGAUUCUUUAUAAAUCAGAGAUUCUGUAUCGUAGCUGGUCUCCGUUUUCGGGAGCAGUGGAGCCAUUUUUGAAGAAACCUUGGCAAGCCGCGCGACAGUUAGAUUUACGAGGAAAUUUCUCUGCCAAGCAGCAAUAUACUUUCCAAGCGUCGCUUUCGGAGCUUUUACUUCGAGCACGCGUCUAGUUCGCUCGUCUGAUCAAUUUUACACGUCGACGGGCACUCGGCGUUCAUUCGAAAACGUACAAAUGUCAAUUUGUGCGGGAUUGUUGUAAGCUCUUUCUCCAUCUACGAGAUCUUUCUCUGACCUACACGGUAAUUGUCUUUUAUAAGGAAUCACAUGGACGAGCCAGUCAUCAGAAAUUUAUUACUAUCGUCUUACUAAUUCAAUUAGAAUUACAGAACAUAAAGGUGCAGGUAUCCAUCGAUAUGACGACAAGAAUCGUACCAUUUACGAGCGUCGACUCGCUUGGGUGGUGACCAAUUAAGCAGAAGACAUGUGAUUAGAGAAAAUUAAAAUUGUUAUAUUUUUUUAAUGUAUAUUUUCGGUGGUGUUAUCGAAUGGCGAUGUUCUCUUGAUGAAAAUGAAUCCAAACACGACCUAAUUCUGACUACUUUUAAUUUUAGUUUUUUAAAACCAUCCAUAAAAAUCUAAAAAUUAUGUGAAACUAAAAGUCGUUCGAAUUAGGUCGUCUUCGGACUCAUUUUUAUCAGGGAACCAUCGCAGAUCUGUUGAUAAUACUCCCACGAAAUUUAAUUUCUUUCUAGCCUAAUUUAAUUCAACAUAAAUAUUUUUAUUAAGUACAAGAUUCAAAUUGAUUUUGUUCAAUAAGUUUCUUUACCUGUUUUCAAUCGUGGAAUAGUCAAGGAAAGAAGGAAACAAGGAAAACUCGACGCACAAUAAACUCUCGCUCGUUCCUCGAGGUUACUCUAUUAAAAAAACAAAUACAUAAUUAGAAUAUAAGCUAUGUGAAAGUACUUAUCUGAUUCGUAUGUAUCAUGGGAUGAUACCUUUAUUUCAUCCAUUGAUAUAACACGUUUUUCGUUACUUAAUCGACUUGAAACGUGAAUAUUACUCGAUUACUUAAAUGUAUCAUCGUUGGAAACAGCCACAGGAACCUUUGUUCUUUAACAUAAAUAAAUUUUAUUAACGUAUCAAAGUGAUUUGUAAAGAAGAAACGAAGGCAACUUAAAAUACUAAAACAAAAAUGUCACAAGGACGAGUGCAAUUCGUUACAAGCAUACUCGAAAGCAAAGAUACAGACUCAAAGAAUAGAUUAUAGUCGGCGUUUUCUUCUUAAUCUUAAUUCGUUUGUAUAAAAAAAUUUCUAGUGUUUUCAACCAGAGUUGGGCACAAUUCUAAUCGAUAAAAUUAAGUAUUACAUUCGUCGUCAUGGAGCACAAUAAUUUGGUAACGGAAUAACGGAUACAAAAUUACUCAUCGUUUACUCGCGUUAUCUUUUAUCUAGAUGAGAGUUUUGCCUAUCUCUGCUUUCAACCAUUCCUGGUGAAUACACAAAAACAAUGUAUCCAUGUGUUAAGGGUACUCGACUGUAAAUCAUUCGCUCGAGAUGAAGAUCUCCAUUAGAUGAGCGUUGAACGUGCGAGAAGGAUUACUGAAAGAGACUUUUAAACUCGAUUGUCAGCCGUUAAACGUACAAAAGGGUCUCAAUGUAACAUUUAACUCGUAAAACGUAAGGAUUCUGACCAAAACUUUAGAAUAUACUUCAGAACUGAGAUUAAUACCAGGGUCUCGAUGUGUAUUACGGCCUGUAGACUGUAUAGAGCGAGUGUAGAGUAACGAGUACACGUUAUUAGAGAAUUAUACAUUGUUGAGACGUGAACAAAAUCUAUUACGUAGGCGUGACGUGGGUGGCGUAGCGAAAUAUAAGCCUCUUGGUGGAUCGAGUGGUAAUUGAUUCGAUUUUUUACGUUCCAAUAAAGGUGACUGCAGUUAUGGUAUUCUUAACAUGUUGCUUACUUAAUGAUUAAGGAUUUUACAAACUCGUCCUACUCAAGUCAGUGGCGUAACGUGUCUUUAUGUUGAGGUCUUUUAGAGGAAAGUAGAUUCUUUCCGCUAAACUUCAUCUAUUAGAAAGAUUAAAUUAGUAAUUUUAAGAAAUUAAUUUAAAGAAAGAUAACGGAGCAAUAGUCAUUCCAAAACUUAUAUUUUUUCAGAAGUAUAAAAAAUUAUGUUUGCUAUUACACACCCUCGGUUACGCCACUGAAACCUCUCAGUCGUCACUGACAUAUCUAGUACUUGAAGAGAUACAUUGAUUCGACAUAAGCAUAUAUUACACUAUAAUUUCUACACCUAAAUAUCUAAUUAAAAAUUCGUUUGCGAGUGAAAGUGUUUCGAAGAUAUGAAAAUCAUUUUAAAACGACUAGUACAUCUCUCUGCCAAAAAGUAUUCAUACUUUUUCUACUUAAAACGUCUUAAGAAUAAUUAAAGAUCACAGAAUUGAGCUUUUAAUAGCUUAGGACUUAAAACAACUUGGCAAGAGGCUUAUACGAUCAAAUGAACUUCCAAUAUCCGAUGUUCCUCGCGAAACCGAUUGCGUAUCGUGAAAUUCGAGUAGUUUUUUACAAAGGCGACGGAUUUUAAAGGUUUAAUUAAUGGAUGUUACGCAAACGGCCGCUUAGUGGGUAAACUCGUGUUUCUAUUGAAGUAGCUGCUGUUUUACGAUAAGAGAUUUAUCAAUUCAGCGGCGCGGUUCGAUAUUUCGUCUAUUGCAAUGACCAACUUAAUAGAUUGCUCUAUGUAUCACGAUACAUUAUUUCUUCUAGUGAAUUUGUAACAAAUAAACCAUUAAAGAUGUCUUGGA